AUGUCGGUCACAGAAAUUGAAAAAGACAGAAUAGGAAAUAUUUUUUAUAUUUUCUGGAUAACAACCAAUGAUUUUAGCAUCUGGAUUUCUACUAGCCUCAGCAUAAACUAUUUGCUCAAAAUAGCUAAUUUUUCCAAUCUUCUUUUUCUUCACCUAAAGAAGAAAGUUCACGCUGUGAUUGUAUUGACACUGUGGGCAGGAUUGUUUCUGUUGUUAAUCUAUUCCCUUCAUAAACAUCUUGGACAGAUGCUUCAAUACAGCAAUGGAUCUAAAGAUCUCAGCACCAAGGUCCAUGUGAAAGCUUUGAAAAUUGUGGUCUCCUAUCUCUUAUUAAUUGCUAUGUACUUGCUGACUAAAACUGAAACAGGCAUUUGUUUUGCAUGUGUUGCAAGCACGUUGCUGCUGAAGGAAAAGAAACCCGUCAAGAAGAAACCAUCAAUAGAAUGA